AUGCGCUGUGCGCAGCAGCAGCAGCAGCAGCAGUCAGCUCCCCAGAAGCAGCAGCAGCGCUCAAGCUGCCAGCAGCAGCAGCAGCAGAAGCUGCAGAGGCGCAG